AUGGAGGUGGUGCCAGCUGAGGUGAAUAGUUUGCUCCCAGAGGAGAUAAUGGACGCUGGUAUAACUUUAGUGGAUGAUGAUAGUAUUGAGGCUGUUAUUGUUUCAUCCCCAAUUCCCAUGGAGACAGAACUGGAAGAAAUUGUCAACAUAAAUUCUGCUGGUGACUCUACAGCCACGCCCAUUUCCACGGAGCCAAUCACAGUGUACAGUAACCACACUAACCAAGUUGCAGUGAACACCACAAUCACUAAAGCAGAUUCUAACACCACAGUGAAACCAGCUUUUCCAAGUGGCCUUCAAAAACUUGGUGCUCAGACUCCUGUGACUAUAUCAGCCAAUCAGAUUAUUUUAAACAAAGUAUCACAGACAUCUGAUCUUAAACUUGGCAAUCAGACCCUUAAACCAGAUGGACAGAAGUUAAUUUUAACAACUUUGGGCAAGUCUGGUUCACCAAUUGUUUUAGCACUACCCCAUAGCCAACCCCAGGCUCAGAAAGUUACAACUCAGGCCCAGUCAGGAGAUGCUAAGUUACCACCGCAGCAAAUUAAAGUAGUUACCAUUGGAGGGAGGCCAGAGGUGAAACCUGUCAUUGGUGUCUCAGCAUUGACCCCAGGAAGUCAACUGCUUAAUACUACAACUCAGCCCUCUGUGUUACAGACCCAACAGUUAAAAACAGUACAGAUUGCUAAGAAGCCUCGAACACCAACCUCUGGUCCGGUAAUCACGAAGCUGAUCUUUGCAAAACCAAUUAAUAGUAAAGCAGUUACAGGACAGACAACUCAAGUAUCACCACCAGUCAUUGCAGGUAGGGUUCUUUCACAGUCUACUCCGGGGACUCCAUCAAAGACCAUAACAAUAUCUGAAAGUGGUGUUAUUGGAUCAACUUUAAAUUCUACAACACAGACACCAAAUAAAAUAGCCAUCUCACCUUUGAAAUCGCCAAAUAAGGCAGUGAAAUCAACUGUGCAGACCAUCACUGUUGGAGGCGUGAGCACAUCACAGUUUAAGACAAUUAUUCCUCUGGCAACUGCUCCCAAUGUCCAGCAGAUUCAAGUGCCUGGAAGCAAGUUUCAUUAUGUCCGACUUGUUACUGCCACAACAGCCAGUAGCUCAACCCAGCCAGUUAGUCAGAAUCCCAGUACAAACACUCAGCCUCUCCAGCAAGCAAAACCAGUUGUUGUUAACACCACCCCGGUGCGGAUGUCCGUCCCACUCGUCUCAGCGCAGACAGUCAAACAAGUUGUUCCAAAACCGAUCAAUCCAACUUCUCAGAUAGUCACCACCAGCCAGCCACAGCAGCGGCUCAUCAUGCCUGCCACCCCACUGCCACAAAUCCAGCCAAACCUCACGAACCUGCCACCAGGCACUGUGCUGGCCCCAGCUCCAGGAACAGGGAACGUGGGCUACGCAGUGCUUCCUGCUCAGUACGUGACUCAGCUACAGCAGUCUUCCUAUGUGUCUAUAGCAAGCAACUCUAACUUUACUGGAACACCUGGUGUCCAGACCCAGGCAAGGCUUCCGUUCAAUGGCAUAAUCCCAUCAGAGUCUGCCAGUCGGCCCAGAAAGCCCUGUAAUUGUACAAAAUCGCUGUGUUUAAAAUUAUAUUGUGAUUGCUUUGCAAAUGGUGAAUUUUGCAACAACUGCAAUUGUACUAAUUGUUAUAAUAACUUGGAACAUGAAAAUGAAAGGCAAAAAGCAAUAAAGGCAUGCCUUGACAGAAAUCCAGAAGCUUUUAAGCCUAAGAUAGGGAAAGGGAAGGAGGGAGAAUCUGAUCGACGUCACAGCAAAGGAUGUAAUUGCAAACGAUCAGGAUGUCUUAAGAACUACUGUGAAUGCUAUGAGGCAAAAAUAAUGUGUUCCUCAAUAUGCAAGUGUAUUGGCUGUAAGAAUUUUGAAGAAAGCCCAGAAAGAAAGACGCUGAUGCACUUGGCAGAUGCAGCUGAAGUUAGGGUGCAGCAGCAAACAGCCGCGAAGACCAAGUUAUCCUCUCAGAUUUCAGACUUGCUUACCAGGCCAACACCAGCUUUGAAUAGCGGAGGAGGGAAGUUGCCAUUUACGUUUGUCACUAAGGAAGUAGCUGAAGCCACGUGUAAUUGCCUUCUUGCCCAGGCGGAGCAGGCAGACAAGAAGGGAAAAUCAAAGGCAGCUGCUGAACGGAUGAUACUUGAGGAAUUUGGGCGAUGCUUAAUGAGCGUCAUCAACUCUGCAGGAAAAGCAAAAAGUGACCCUUGUGCCAUGAAUUGCUAA